UUCCGUGACCACUUCCGAAUCAACCGCAAGGUGUACCACACAUUAUUUGACGCGUGUGCUCCUUUUAUAGCCAGAAAAAUCAAAUAUCGUCGAGAGGUGAUAGCUGUAAUGCAAGACUGGUUUGGCCAAGCUGCGACCUGCCGAGAUCUAGAG